GCGUCGCAUAAGGAAAGUGAAUUUAGUCAUUAAAACAUUUAUUCUAAACUCACCGCAAUAUUAUUCUUCUUAUCUUCUACUUUCAAAAGUGAUACGAUUGAAUACUUUUACGAGUGAAGCUUAUUUACAAACGGAUUUAUCAAGGACUUUAUCUUUCAGAGACCCAAAGAGCAGUGAGAGUAAUAGCGCGGUCAGCAGUAGUGUGAAUCAGCAAGCGGAAAAGCAACGGGGUGAGGUGAGAGAGGCAAUCGAGGAGGAGACCGACGGUCAUUGAGUUCAGGGUGCACAUGCUGAGAAGACGAGAAAUAGUGAACGUUCAAAUUUACUACGCGUCGUCGUCGUCAUUAUUGUCGUCGUCGUCGUCGUCGUCGUUAUCAAAAUGAUGCCUUGGACUAAUAAAUCGAUUAGUUUUGGAAUUGCUGGAAGUCUCCUCAUUAUUUUGGGAGCUUCUUUGUCUUUCUUUUCGUCGACCAUCUUUGAUCAUAUUCUUAGAAAGGAAUUGGUUUUCUCAGAAGAUUCAAAGAGUUUUAAUAUAUGGAAGGACACAAGUAGUCUACCACCUAUGUAUUUAAAUAUUUAUUUCUUUAAUUGGACGAAUCCAGAAGAACUAACUAUACCCGGAAGAAAACCGAAUCUAGUUCAAGUCGGUCCAUACAGCUUUGUAGAGGUGAAACAGAAAGUAAAUAUUACGUUUCAUCCUGAGAAUGACACUGUCAGUUAUUUUCAACGACGAUGGUGGUACUUUGAUCAAGAACGUACUAAUGGUACAUUGCAAGAUAAUAUCACACAACUCAAUGUCGUCGCAGUGUCGGCUACGCACAAAAUACGGUACUGGUCCUAUUUCAUGCAAAAUACUUUCUCCUACAUUCUUAGCUCAAAAUCAAAUUUAAGUAUAACAAAGACGGUGGGCGAGCUGUUGUUCACUGGUUACGAUGACACGAUAAUUAAUAUGGGAAAAGUCGCCGCUGCGGAUGAGGUGCCACCCUUUGAUCGCUUCGGUUGGUUUUAUAUGAGAAACGGUUCUACGGAAUUCGACGGUCACUUCAACAUGGAUACUGGUAAUAGCAAUAUCAGUAAUUUAGGUGUUUUGAGAAAUUGGAAUUACAAGGAUACUAUGAAGUAUUUUAAAACUCCUUGUAAUAUAAUCGAAGGAAGCGCUGGUGAAUUUUGGCCUCCGUAUCAAACCGAAGACGAGAUCAAUUUGUUUAGUCCGGAUAUGUGUAGACCAUUGUUAUACGAAUUUACGCAAAAGACUACGUAUAUGGAAAUCGAGGGCAAUCAAUAUGUUCUUGGCGAGAAAACUUUAGGAAACAGAACAAGGAGGCGUUAUCCUCACGAUCAGGCAAAAUAUUUUGAGCGAACAACCACGACUGAGGAUUUCUUUGAGUCAGAACACUCGAUCGAAGUUACGCAGAUGCCGGAGGACACCGAGGAUCCCGACGUAGUAAAUCUUGGCCACUGUUAUUGCAACGGCGAAUGUAAUCCCAGUGGUUUAAUAAAUAUAACGGCCUGUCGUUAUGGGGCACCGGUUUUCGUCAGUCUUCCCCAUUUUUAUAAAGCUGACCCUAUUCUAAGUAAACAGGUCAUAGGGAUGAACUCUAACGAAAAAGAUCACAGUUUCUACAUCACUUUAGAACCUACGACGGGAAUUCCUUUGGAAGUAGCGGCUAGAUUACAAAUCAAUGUACUCCUUCAACCUUCGCAAAUCGUAUCACUUUUCAACAACGUACCGAAGACAUAUUUCCCUAUAUUCUGGUUCUCUAUGAAGGUGAACAUUCCUGAAGAAUUAGCUUCCGAUCUGAAAUAUUUCCUUCUGAUUUCAAGCUUCUGUUUCUACAUUGGUUUGAUCAUAAUGACGCUCGGAACGUUAAUACUUAUCUCUAUUGUCCUGUUCCACGUCAUGAGAAGAAGCCACAAAAAUCACGAACAAUUAAAGUUGAAUAUCACAAAUGCUUCUUCGGAAAAAACUACAGAAUCGAUUUACAUAGACAAACCGAAUCACGAUGAAGACAGUCACGUUAGAAGUGAUCGUCGAUUAUAUCCAAAACUUUAUUGAAGGGCUUUCAUAUUUUUUUCUGCUAACAAGUUGUACUUGUGCCAAUCAUGGACGAACUUUACGAUCAAUUAUCGAAGAGCCGUCUACUAUGUUUCAUAGAGAGUCUUUUGAUCGAGGUUGAUUUAAUUGACCGAACGGAAAGUAUGUCCUUAUUGAAGAAUAACCGUCCUUAUUUGAAUCGGAAAAGGAUAUAAAUAUAGAAAGUAUAUAAAUAUAUAUGCAUAUUCGAAUAUUUUUAUACUUUUAUGAAAAAGAAUGUAGAGAGUAGACGAGGAAAGAGAAAGAGAGAAUUUCGGAUUUUAGAAAAAUAUCUUUUCAUCUUGAACGUUUGCAUUCUUCAAGAUUCGUUUCCUUUUUAUUCGCUUUGAACGAGGAUUUUACAAAUAAUAUAGAGGCGAUAAUCUCCUCACAUUUGAAUACAUUCCUAACGUAGAAAUUAAUAUAUACAUUAAUCGAGGUCGUAGAAUGAUAGAAUUUAAGACUGACAGCUGUGUAAAUUGUUUUAAUUGUAAUAGUACAUUAUUAAUGAAAAAAAAGGAGAAGAAUGAAAAAGGCAAUGUACGUCUCGAAUAUGGUUUUCUAUAUGGAGUAUAAAUAUCCAAACAAAAUUAUAUUUCAAAAUUAAAAAUGCCAAUAUAUAGUAGAAAAAAAUAUGGUAGAAGGAUUUAUAUUCGUUAAGUGAGUAAAGAUUGAUCGAUCGCAUAAUAGAUUUUUACAUUAUUGUGCUUUGUUCUUGUGAAUUUUGUUGCAAUAAUAAUGAAAAGAAUAUUAUUAAUAAUGUCAUUUUAAUAACAGUAAUAAUUUGAUAGAUUUGUUUGAUUAAUCACGAUAUUUUCUUCAUCAUGAAAUUAAUACAUGACACGUUGAAGAAUCUGAAAAACUCUGCCAAACAUUUUGUUAGUUUUCCAGAAUAUAUAAUGGUCGAGUAUACUUUUAAAAGUUUUAAGAGAAUACUUUUUUAAUAUAAAUACUUCUUUUUACUAGAUACACACAAACAAGUGAAUCGAAUGUUCAUAUCUAUGGUAUAGUGCAAUUAUAUUAUAUAUCAGCGGUGUGCAAACGGUAAUGAAAUAUCGCAUAAAGAAAAUAAAAAAAAAAACGUUAUUAAAAUUUACUAUAUUGUCCUAAAUUUUUUGCAUAAGAAUAAUUUCAUUUCUUCUUUUUUUUUAACAAUCAAUGAUGUAAAAUAAUGUUAAAUUAAUAUCCUUGUAUUUGAUGACUUUAAAAUUUUUGGAGUCGCACAUAGAACUUCUGUAUAAGAAACUGAUUAAACAAAAUAACAUAAUAUAAAUAAUUUGCACACCACUGCUGUAUAUAGUUAUAAGGUGUAAGGAAAUUGUUCAAAUCUUUCUAUUUAGUGGAAAGCUCGUAAAAAUAUAAAUAAAUUUUUGUAAUCCAUUUUAAAUGUAAUAAAAAAAUCUAUCGUUUUUACUAUAUCGUCAAA